UAGUCGUCUCUCUACCUCCAACUCGUAAAAUUAAUGAUCACCAAUGACAAGAACUUGAGAUGUCUCCUCUCCUCCAUUCUCCUUAAUAAUAUCCUAAUUCAAGACUUUUUGCUUAGUCUUUUCUCCCUAAAUUAAACAAUAAAAUCUCAUUUAUAUACUUAAUUAUUAAUUGCAAAGGUAAUUAAUUUUGUAUUCGAUAAUACCGAUUGGGAUACCGGAAUAUUUAGGGAUUGAGAUUGGGAUACCCAAAUUAUUUAGGGAUUGGGAUUGUGAUUGACUUUAGGAGGUAAUUCGAUAUUCGGAAUUUCGCUAUUUGGUAUUGGGAUACCGAUACCGUACCGAUUUCCACCCCUAGAUGCAACUACAAUCCAGGUGAAAAGCUUGGUUCUCAGUAGGUGAAAUUAUUAGUAGCAAACUAUGGUUUACUUGGUUGUCGCAAGAACAAAGUACCGUGAAAAUGUAUGGCCAUCUGGGCAAGUAGUAGCAAUAAUAGCAUCCUUCUAUUAUUUCAUAAAGCAUCAACUAGUUAUCAGUCCCUUUGAGACAUCGACAAAAGCAUCAUCAACCGAACUAAUGUCGACUUCCCGAAAAACAAUGUGAUUUUUGUGAAGUGUCGAUGGUAAUAGGCAUCGAAGGGCUGAUAAUCCAAAUCUCACAUCGCUCUGGAAGAGCCAUUGCCCGCUACUGCAUGCUUCUAGGAAGUCAGCUUUCUCACAGUGGAUGAUCCGAGAAACACAGACUUAGAAAAUGGUGGCUUCCAUUCUCCGUGAAAGGAGAGAUCAUGAAGUUGAAGAUCCAGCUGCAUUGUCGGAUGUUGAUUGGGUUGCUGUUGGCGGCUUCUCAGUGGUCAGUACUCGUCCGGUAAGGGGAUCGACUGGACGGGUGUCACGUGGCCCACCUUUGCGGCCCAUGGCCAGCAUUGGUGGCGGAGGGAGGACCCCUGCUCUGAACAGGAUCCGCUGGACGGGGUCAGAAGCUUGCGCACCAACUGACAACCAAUACCUGGAAAAGAAAAACCACACGGGUUGCAUGGUGGUGAAUAAGGAGGGAUAUCAUUGAUAGAUCUUAUAUUACAGCAUCACACACACACAAGUACAUGUAAAAGAUAAUGCAUGUUGAUGCACGGCUAAACCAGAUACUAGAAGGUGGAAACAGAUCGGAAGUACAGUGGGCAAAUGGAAGAGUUGAGGUCGGUUACUCAACUCGGAGUUCUGAAUGCUAUAUAAAGAUGUAUGAGAGAAAUGGAAUCAGACUCAGCAAUACCACUCUCAACAUUAACGGAUAUUUGCAAAAGGAGGCAGUACAUGUACAACUACAGAUUACUGGAGGUAAUUUUAACAAGAACGUUCACAAAUAAGGUUUUACUGCUGAAAGGAAGCAGCAAUGGUUGCAGCUAAAAUGUCACUUCAUUCAUUCUUGCACCAGAAAAUGUGAAGAAAAACCAGAUGGCUGUCCGACAAACACCAAGGAAUACUAGAAUUAAAAGUUCAACAAGUGAAUUAUCAUUUAUGGCCCCAUUUCGAUGAUUACUUCCUAAACAAAGAAAUCCCCAUUUGCACG